CAAGAAGCAUCUCCUCAGCUGGAAGAUAUCAGGAGUCACCAAGAAUCUACCCAGAGAUGGCCUUCCUCAGCCUCUUCUUGUGCCUUGUGUUUAGCUCCCCACUGAUGGCGAUGCCUCCAGCCCUACAGGGGAGAAAGGCCAUCAGUCCAGCUUCUAUCCUAAAGGGCCCAUCCACAGAUAAUGGAGCCAGAGACUUUCAUGGAAGGAAGUUCCCCCAUUUCAUGAUGCAGCUGUACCAGAAUAUCAUCAGCAGAAGAGAUAAAGAUCUCUCCAACCUGGAACAUCCAACUCUUCAGGAAUCUGAUACCGUCCAAAGCUUCAUUGCUAAAAGUUACACUACAGUGGGAAAUCACUGGACCUUGUUCUUUGACAUGUCCUCCAUCUCCACAAACAAUGAGCUGAAGUUGGCUGAGCUACGUAUUUGCCUCCCUUCCUUUGGGAAGUCCCACAGUGUGACAGUAGAGAUCUACCAUACCAAGGACGACAAGGAGAAAUUAUUCAUGGGAUCAUUCAAGACCAAGAUUUCUUCUGCACUAGAUGCUGACUGCAAGGUCUUCAACCUCACCAUGGUGCUGCACAACUAUCUGAUCAGGGGAAAGAGAUUAAUUAAGGAUGAAUACAUACAGGCAAAGGGUCUCCUUCUGAGAGAUCUAGAGAAGAGUGCUGCAGAGAAAGGAGCAGAAAAUGUAGAUACAUUGAAACAAGAUAAACAUCAUGUAUCCGACUUUGCUGCAGAGAGAAUCAUACUGGUUGUGUUUGCUAAAGAAAGAUCUCAAGCUAAACCUGAUCCUCCCAGCCUUGGCAAGCAGCUGUUCCCUUUAAAGUAUGGUAUGGCUGAUAAUGCCAACAAGGUGAAUGGAUUCAGGAGACUUAGGAGGAACAAGAAAGAGAAAACAAGAAUGGAUGUGGGUACCACUCCCCCCAAACCUGUUGAAGAAAUCAAACCCAAGUGCAGGAAGGUGGACAUGUUUGUGGACUUUCAGAAGAUCGGAUGGGGCAGCUGGAUUGUGUAUCCCAAGGCAUAUAAUGCAUACAGAUGUGAAUCAGCCUGUGCAGUUCCACUGAAUGAGACGGACGAUGCAACAAACUAUUCCUACAUUAAGAGUUUGCUCCCUCUGAGCGACACGGAGAGAAGAGAAUGCCCUUCCUGUGUCCCCGUGAAGAUGAGGUCCAUGUCAAUGUUGUACUAUGAGAAUGAAGAGUUUAUCCUGCGGCACCAUGAAGAGAUGAUUGUAGAAGAAUGUGGAUUCAAGGACAUUUAACAGACUUUGUCUCUCGGACUUUUCUUUCCACAUCCCACCAACUAAAUUCUUAUUAGAUUCCUUAUUUAUGCCAUGUUGUUUCUCUUUUAGACAUAUAUUUAUCUUUUUUAUUUUGAUUUUUGAUCUGUUCUACUGAGAAGCUGAUCUAUGGAUCCACUUUAUACAGAGUCGCACUUCUUAUUCCACUAUUUAUUGUUCACACGAUAUUGACUCCGUUAGCCCUGCUCUGUAUUCAGUUUAAAAUGUAAUUGUAAUUUUUUUAAUUUAAUGAACUUAGAAAUAUAGGCAAUGUUGAUUUACUAUUUGCACAUAUUAAUUCUGAAAAUUGUGAUACAUUUAAAAUAAAAAAAUGUUUAGUGAAA